CGUUGCUCUGUUCUGAAGCGGUUUCACUAUGGAACAUUUUGGUCUAUCCCAUAUUCUUUACGAACCAGAAAAAUAUAAUCCAGAUACAUUGGAUCUGCUCGUAGAUGAAGAAGCAAGAGAGUAUUGGCUGAGUACUUGCGAAAAACUUGUGGAUAAAUAUGUAAAUUUUGCUCUUUUGAAUACGGACGAUCCGACGGUUGAAAUUCGAGCCCUGAAGUUCAAAACCUGCUAUGUGGAAGCGCUAAAAGAACUCCGAAUAAAUCCUCUUGCUCAAGGACAAUUACUAACAGUAAGAUUACUUCUUGAUAUCAAUGAAACAUGUUUACGAUCUCAAGGGUUUUUUGACCUUUGGAAACAGCAAAAGAAGUAUGAAAAUGAAACAGCACUGGCAACACUCAGUGCGAGAUUAGCCGAGAUUGAUGCUUUGCCUGAUGAUAGACAGAGGUGGAUUGAGUUAUGCAGAGGGAUUUUAGCUGGCAAUAUGUUUGAUUGGGGAGCACAGGCUGUGACUGCCAUAUUAAAUUGUGGCCUGUAUGAAGCUAGACAAAAAAUCCAAAAAAGGCCAUGGCUUUAUGAUGGUUUAGACAAAUGGUUGGAAAAACUAGAGAAAACUGUACACCACUGCGCCGCAAUAUUUGUUGACAACAGUGGCGUCGAUAUAGUCCUAGGUGUUCUCCCUUUCGUCAGAGCACUCCUUCUUAGAGGAACAUCAGUAAUUUUAUGCGCGAAUGAAUGGCCAGCUCUAAAUGAUGUUACUAAUGUGGAAUUAGAAGAGAUAUUACAAAGGGCGGCCUUAAUCUGUCCUGUAUUGUCAGCAGCCAUAGCUACAGGGGACUUAGUUGUAAGAUCUAGUGGCCAAAGAGGGCCGUGCCUGGAUCUCAGGACUAUUAGCGUAGGCCUUUGCACAGAGAUGAAAGUACGUGGUGUUGACCUCAUAAUACUAGAAGGAAUGGGCAGAGCCCUCCAUACCAAUUUUAACACUAGGCUUGCAGUAGAUUCUCUUAAACUUGCUGUUGUCAAGAGUGCAUGGUUCGCGCAACGCCUUGGUGGACCACUGUUCUCAGUAAUUUUCAUUUAUGAAGACAAACCCACUCAAACAUAAUAGAAGUUGGACUAUUUUUGUGUAUUAUUCUUAGUACUCAUUAGAGUAAGUCACUGAACUUUUGAAAUACAGUAUAUUUCUAUAAGUGCAUUCAUAUUUGAAUGUUUAGAACACCUGUGUUGAUGUCUAUGAUGUUUUUCGGAAUAUAUUGAGUGUUAACCUGAUUAAUGAAUUUCUUUU